AUGCUAUUUUUGUGUGCAGUGCUAACAGUAGAUACUACAAAGAUUAGAUGUGGUCUUGGUGGAGGCUGUGGUGGUGGUGGCGGCGGUGGUGGAGGUAGUGAUGGGGGAUUUGGUGAUGGAUUUGUAUUUGGCGAGGGUCAUGGAUCGGGUGAAAAUGAUGGAUUUUUCCAAAUUGUAGAGGGCCUAAUUGGUGGUUGUGGUGGUGAUGGUGGAGGAGGAGGAGGAGGUAGUGAUGGUGGAUCUAGUUUUGGCAUAGGAUAUGGCGAGGUCACGACUUCGGUGAAAAUAGUGGUGGAGGCAGCGGUAGAGGUGGUGGUGAAGGAGGAGGUAGUGAUGGAGGAUCUGGUUUUGGCAUUGGAUAUGGUGACGGUCAUAGAUGGGGAGAAAACGGCGGUGGUGGUGGUCAAAAUAGUGGUAGUGAAUGAUGUUGAAGCUUUAAAAGUACCUAAAAAAUUGACUGAUGAGAGGAAGAAAAGAUCAAUCUUUCAUAAUGUUAGCUUCCGAAUUAAACCUUCUAAAGACGAAUCUAACUGUUACACCAUUUAUAAACCACAAAAGAUUAGGACAAAUCUUGCAGGUGAAUCAAUUAGUGAUCCUCACUAUCUUAAUCGUAAAUACAAGGAUAUGCUACAUGAAUGGGUAUCUGAAAGGAGACAACGUGAAAGUGGAGCAUUUGACAUGGUUCAACAAAUUGUGAGAGGUCUAGUUGGAAAUGACGACAGAGCUAGUAAUGGUGCAAACGGUCACGGAUUCGGUGCAAAUGGUGGUGGAGGCGGCGAUAGAGAUGGAGGUGGUGGUGGAGGAAGAGGUAGUGAUGGAGGAUCUGGUUUUGGCAUUGGAGUUGGUGAGGGACAUGGUUCAGGUGAAAACAACGGUGGUGGUGGUCAAAAUGGUAGUAGUGGUUUUGCUGCCGGAGAAGAACGGGGCCAUGGUGGUGGUGGCAAUUGA